AUGGCGCAGGACCAAGCUCCGAACGAGACAUCGCCUCUGCUCCGCAAACCUCAUGACGACCUGCAGGCAAUCGCUACAGACAGUGGAAUCACUACUGGAAACGAGAGUGCCAACAUAGAAGAUGGAGGAGAUGUUGAGCGACAGAUCAGCCACAAUGGGGAUACGUUCAAACACCAGGGCAUGCCCGAGCUCAAGAAACGGAUGAAGUAUAUAUUUCCCGCAAUAGCGAUCGGAGUUUUCCUAUCAUCGGCUGACCAAACCCUCGUGGUAACCACCUAUGGCACGAUCGGAACCGACCUGCACGCCCUUUCGUCCACAUCAUGGAUAGCAACAGGCUAUUUCCUUACGCUGUCGGCGUUUCAGCCCCUCUACGGCAAGCUCUCGGAUAUCUUCGGGAGGAAACAAUGCCUUCUUUCCGCGUAUCUCAUCUUCGGCAUCGGCUCGAUGGGGUGUGGGUUGGCAAGAAACAUGAGCGAGUUGAUUGCCGCGCGAGCCUUCGCAGGCAUAGGCGGCGGAGGCAUGAGUGUCGUCACUAGCGUAUUGCUGAGUGACAUUGUGGGAUUAAGGGAGAGAGGGCAGUGGCAGGGCUAUGUCAACAUGAUCUAUGCUGUGGGUGCUUCUUGUGGGGCUCCAUUGGGCGGCCUCCUCGCAGACUCCAUCGGCUGGAGAGUAGCAUUUCUCGCGCAGGGACCAAUGUGUGCGUUGGCAUUCACUGCCGUGGCAUUGACACUCAACAUGCCAAAGCAGGAGGACUCGCACUGGAAAGCGAAGAUGAAGAAGAUCGACUUCCUGGGAGCGAUAAUCCUUGCACUCGCGGUCUUAGGAAUCCUCACAGGUCUCGAUCGCGGCUCGAAUAUCUCCUGGAGCAACCCAGUCACCAUUGCCGGUCUUGCUACCACGCCCUUGUUCAUCGUCUUUGUUCUCGUGGAGAAAUACGUGGCAGCCAAUCCUUUUGCACCAGGGCGGAUCAUCCUCAACAAAACACUCUUCGCAUGCUAUCUCUGCAACUUCUUCUCCUUUGGAGGUUGGCUUGCAGUCCUGUUCUUCAUACCACUAUACUGGCAAGUCAUCGGCGAUUAUGGCGCAUCCCAGGCCGGGCUAUUCCUGGUACCAUCUAUCAUCUGCGGAGUUAGCGGCUCACUACUCGGUGGCGUUUACAUGAAGCGUACAGCGAAAUACUACUGGAUCACUGUCAUUGCUUAUACCAAUCUGGUUGCUGGGCUUUCAAUCAUUCUGCUCUUUGCAGGCACGAUAAUGCAAAGCAUACCUAUCAUGGUUAUGGGAACAUGCAUAUGCGCUUUCCACAAUGGCAUAGGCGUAACAACCACACUUAUUGGACUAAUUGCAAAUGCCUCACACGCCGACCAAGCAGUCGCAACCGCUUGUUCCUACCUCUUUCGCUCACUUGGCUCCGUCUUUGGCGUCUCCAUGUGUGCAACCGCUUUCAACCAAACACUGCGCAAGUCUCUGCAAAAAGCGCUCCAAGGCGACAAGAAUGCCGCGGAGAUUGCCGAACGUGUGAGAGCUGGCCUGGAAUAUUACAGAGGCCUUGAUCCAGAGCUCAAGAGUAUUGUAAGGGAUUGCUAUGGCAAGGCUACUAGGGCGGCAAUCGGUGUGGGGAUUGUGCUAGUGGCAGGCAGUGCAAUUUUUGCCUGGUUCAUCAAGGAGAAGAGCUUGGAGGAUAGGAAGAUGCCAAGUGAUGAAGCGGAGGAGGUUGGAGAGUGA